AAGAGAGAAACUCUGAGACGAUGGACUCGAGCGGAGCUUCACUGCCGUCGGGUCCCGAUGGAACAAAGCGGCGCGUGAGCUACUUUUACGAGCCCACCGUCGGUGACUACUACUACGGCCAAGGCCACCCGAUGAAGCCUCACCGCAUCCGGAUGGCCCACAACCUCAUCGUCCACUACGGCCUCCACCGCCGCAUGGAGAUCAACCGCCCCUUCCCCGCCGCCCCCGCCGACAUCAGAAAAUUCCACUCCGACGACUACGUCGAGUUCCUCGCCUCCGUCUCCCCCGAAACCCUCUCCGACGCCGUCCACUCCCGCCACCUCAAGCGCUUCAAUGUCGGCGAGGACUGCCCCGUCUUCGACGGCCUUUUCGGCUUCUGCCAGGCCUCCUCUGGAGGCUCUAUCGGCGCCGCCGUCAAGCUUAACCGGAUGGACUGUGAUAUCGCCAUCAACUGGGCCGGCGGUCUUCACCACGCCAAGAAAUCUGAGGCCUCAGGGUUUUGCUAUGUCAACGACAUUGUGCUUGGCAUUCUUGAGCUGCUCAAGGUUCACAAGCGUGUUCUGUAUGUUGACAUUGACGUUCACCAUGGAGAUGGAGUUGAGGAGGCGUUUUACACUACCGACCGAGUAAUGACGGUGUCCUUCCAUAAGUUUGGGGAUUUCUUUCCGGGAACUGGGCAUAUCAAGGAUGUUGGUGCAGGGCCUGGGAAGAAUUAUGCCUUGAAUGUGCCACUGAAUGAUGGCAUGGAUGAUGAGAGUUUUCGUAGUUUGUUUAGGCCCCUCAUCCAAAAGGUUAUGGAAAUGUAUCAGCCAGAUGCAGUUGUGCUUCAGUGUGGUGCGGAUUCAUUAUCUGGUGAUCGGUUGGGGUGCUUCAACUUAUCUGUCAAGGGCCAUGCUGAUUGUCUCCGAUACCUUCGGUCUUUCAAUGUUCCUUUGAUGGUUUUGGGCGGCGGAGGAUAUACAAUCAGGAAUGUUGCUCGUUGCUGGUGCUAUGAGACUGCUGUUGCUGUUGGGGUGGAGCCUGAGAAUAAGUUGCCUUACAAUGAAUACUAUGAGUAUUUUGGCCCGGACUACACUCUGCAUGUUGACACUUGCAACAUGGAGAACCUCAACUCACCUAAAGAAAUGGAGAACAUAAGGAAUACACUUUUUGAGCAACUCUCAAGGUUACCUCAUGCACCGAGUGUCCCUUUCCAGACAACACCACCAACUACAGAAGUUCCAGAGGAGGCAGAAGAGCGCAUGGACCACAGACCAAAGCGUCGUAUUUGGGAUGGCGUGGACUAUGAUUCUGAUCCUGAUGAUGAUGAUGAGAAGCCCUGGAAGUUCUCCAAUCCUGCUCUAAGUACUGUGAUGAGGCAUGAUCCUGAUGAGAUGGAAGAAGACGAAGAUCAUCCCCCCUGUUGCUAGCAUUGGAUUUUGUAGCUUCUCGUCGUAUGCCCCUCAGCCCCUGUAUCACGUAGAACAAGUCUCGCCCCAUACCGUAAACGUUUGGUGAAGCCAAGAGCUCCAUUCAAGUCGCAUAGAAACUCUAGAAAGGCAUCGUAUAAUGUUAGAAGUAGGCACAGUUUAAUCGUCAGGAAAGUGGUGUCCUUGUUAUACUGAGCCCUUCUCUUUGGUAUCACUGUGUUAUAACUUAUAAAACCCAUCUUACAGUACAGGUGAAUGAUAUCAAUACUCACAUUGUGCGGAGUUAAUUAUUCCAAAGGUAUUAAUCUUCUAGUCA